AGAUUAUGGAAGUUGCUACAGUUUAUCCAAUGUCAAAUAGCCUUGCUGUCUCAGCGGGAGGCAGGAUCACCUGUGGAUUCGAUGACGACAGGGAGUAUUGCAGCUGGCACAACGCGAUGGACGCAGAUCUCAAUUUCUCGAAAGCUGAAUGGAACUCAUUUUUUGAUCAAAAUCGUUUCGAUUGCUCCAAUCCUAGACCUUUUUAUCCUAGGAACAUAUUUCUUCUUGUCAAAGGCGGUCCAGACGGUGUCACUGGAAAGGCCGUACUGGAGACCACAAUACCUUGUCAAUAUGAUUCAGCGGUAAUCAAGUUUGAUAUAUGGUCCCUCACAAACACCCCGGUUUUACGUUUUUGCGUAUCAUGGUUGAAUGGUACGGGACACUGUGAGAAUGCAUAUGAUGUUCCGAACCCGAUAAACAUCACUAUACCACACUCUGUCGAACCGAUCACAGUCCGAAUUGAAAUACUGAAUAUAAACAGCAUAGAUAUCGUCUUGAUUGACAGCCUCUACUAUGAAGGACAGCUUUGUGAAUUGGUUGAUGAGAAAGAACAAAACUUUGUAACGGAUCCCACCCUACUAACUUCAAGUAUUCAACCCCAUUUGUCCAUCAAUAAAAUAACUAGAGAUGCCGAUACAAAUGAGCCCACUGUUGACCAUGCAACACAAGAUUGGGUUGGAACAGAAAUAAUAGUCGAUGGGGACACUAGAGCAAACGCUGUGAAGGUUGAUUCGACCGCUUUGGAAGAUGACCCCGACAUAGUCGCAUGCGAGGGCCUCACUUGUGAUUUUAACCACAACCAUUCUUGCUUCUAUAAACUUAGUGGAUUCGGCAGCACGUCGCCAUGGCUCAUCGGCACGAGUUUCGUGGGAAAUCGACACACCGGAGUGCAACGACUAAAUCAAGACGACUCGAAUCGAGUUGGAUUUGCCUAUGUCGGUCGCGACCACGCGGACGAAUCAAAUGAGAUUUUUGUGAUGGAAUCUCCAAAAAUCACAAUCUCCACUGAUGCCAACUUCUUGUUUGACGUAUACCUCAGAUCUUACUCACCCCAUUUCAAGGUCUGCGUGGAUUCAUUUGAAAAUUGCUUAUACGAAUCACCAUCAGUCUCGAAAAAUGCGUUUUGGAUUCGAGACAAUUCUAUUGUGUUGCAAAAAGGAGUGAGGAAGGUCUAUCUAAUUACAACUAACGUACGACAAAACCAAUUCCUGGCCGUAGAUCGUUUACGAUUGCAGCUGAGUGGAAAGCCAUGUGCAGUCCGCCGACUUUGAAUUCUAAUCAUUCCAAUUAAUCAUAUGUUUUUCAUGUACCGGUACUGAUCUCCUCCUUUUUUGUUUCCAUACUUUCUAUCUUAUGAUUUGUGCUCCUUAGCUUAUAGCAGCAGUAAACCCUCGCAGAAAAUCUAAUUGCUGCACUUCCAUGCAGCUCCCGUAUA